AUCUCUGCGUUACCGUAGAGCAGGAAGGAGCUUCUCGGCCAUGGCGCGUACGAAGCAGACGGCGCGUAAGUCGACGGGCGGGAAGGCGCCCCGCAAGCAGCUGGCCACCAAGGCGGCCCGCAAGAGCGCGCCGGCCACGGGCGGCGUGAAGAAGCCGCACCGCUACCGGCCCGGCACGGUGGCGCUGCGCGAGAUCCGGCGCUACCAGAAGUCCACGGAGCUGCUGAUCCGCAAGCUGCCCUUCCAGCGCCUGGUGCGCGAGAUCGCGCAGGACUUCAAGACCGACCUGCGCUUCCAGAGCUCGGCCGUCAUGGCGCUGCAGGAGGCGAGCGAGGCCUACCUGGUGGGGCUCUUCGAGGACACCAACCUGUGCGCCAUCCACGCCAAGCGCGUCACCAUCAUGCCCAAGGACAUCCAGCUCGCCCGCCGCAUCCGCGGGGAGCGCGCCUGAGGCCGCCGCCCAUCCCCCUUCUCUUCCGGUAGAGGCGGAGGCAGCCCACACAGACCCAAAGGCUCUUUUAAGAGCCACUC